AUGGAGGAAGCUUAGUAGCAAAUAGAAGACUUAAAAAAUGAGUUAUAAAAAAAGGACAAAAAUUUGAAGGAUAUGACAUAAAAGAUUGAGAAAUUCUAGCAGGAUAGUUAAGAAAUGGAGUAGAUGCUUGAGGAGGAAAUCAAAAUAAAAGAAGAAGAAAUUGAAAAAUUAUAGUAGGAGUUAGAAGAAAAAGAGGAAGAAAUUUAAUAACUCAAGUCUGGAUAGUAGGAUACAGGUGAUUAAAAUGUAAAGCUAGAAGAGCUAGAAAAGCAGAUAGAGUAAAACAACGAAGUUAUUUCAAGUUUAAACGAUUUGAUUAGCAAAAACGAAGAGAAACAUAAAGCAGAAAUAGAGCAGUUGAAAAAGAAUUUGAAUGAAUCAUCUAAAAAUUCAUAGAAUUAAAAGGAACUAGAAUAACAAAUAGAAGAGCUUAAAUAAAAUAUAAGUCUUCUUUAAACAUAGGUCUAGCAUACAUAAUAAAAAGAAUAAGAAUAUAAAGACUAAAUAGAUAAUUCAUCUAGAGAAAUAAAAAAUCUUCAAUAGUAAUUGAAAGAAGCAAGUAAAAAUGUAGGAGUAGAAUAGGAGUUAGAAAAACUGAAAAAUGAGUUAAAAGAUUCCUAAAGUUUAUUGCAAAAAUAGAAAGAAGAAAACAAUUAAGCUAAUCAGGCUAUCUCUGCUAUGAAAGAGGAAAUCAAUAGUAAAGAGAAAGCUACAGAAAGUCUUAGUUUGCAGAUAAAAGAAUAGAUAUAAAAUAGCCAAAAACAGGAAAAAGAGCUUUAAAUAAAAAUUCAACAACUUGAGAGUGAAAUAAUAAAUUCAAAUGCUAAGAAACAAGAGUUUAAAACAUUAUUAGAAUCAAAUAAUUUAUAGAUAUAAAAUAAUAAAUCUGAACUUUAGAAAAAAGAAGAACACAUUCAUAGUCUAUAGGAAAAAUAUGAUUAGUUAUUAAGUUAAUUAUAGAUUCUAUAGAAUGACACAUCUAAGUCUGAUUAAUUAAAAAAGAUGUAAAAUUUACUUGAAGAGAAAUAGAAUGAGAUCAACAAAAUCUAAUAAGAUAAAAAAGAUCUUGAAACAAAAGUAGAAAAUUUAAAUAAAAAUAUUGACAAUAUUUCAAUUCAGCUAAAUGAAUUGAAAAAUGAGUUUGCAUAGAGAGAAUAAGGUUAUUAAAGUUAAAUUUCAUCUUAAAGCUAAGAGGCAUAAAAAAACAAAGAAAUUAUCUAAAAAAAAGAAGAACAAAUUAUUGAAUUAAGCCAAAAAUAAAUUUAGAUUUAGAAUUAAUUGUAAGUGCUUUAAAAUGAUACAUCUAAAUCAGAUUAACUUAAAUAGGUUUAAAGCACUUUAUUUGAAAAAGAAAAUUAACUAAACUAAGCUUUAGAAGUAUAGAAAGAGUUAUAAGCAAAAAUUUAAGAUGAGAAAAAACUUAUAGAAAAUAUUUAAAAAGAAGCUGACCAACUUAAAAAGACGUUAAAUGAUAAAGAAUUCAAUCACAAAAAUUCUUUAGAAUUAAAAGAUUAAGAAAUACAACUUAAGUAAGCUGAAAUUCAAAAGAAAGAACAAUAAAUUGAAGACUUACUAAAUAAGUAAAACUAAAUUCAAGCAUAACUGUAACUAAUGUAGAAUGACACAUCUAAAUCUGAUUAAUUAAAAUAGUUAUAGCAUUUGCUUUAAGAAAGAUAAGAUUAAAUAGAUUAAAUUCAACAAAGUAAAAGGGAUCUUGAGUUAUAAAUAACGAAUUUAAAUAACAAAAUUAACUAAUUUGAACAAAAGUGUAAAGAUCUAGACUUAUAAAUUAAUAGUUUAAAUCAAGAAAACUAAAAGAAGUAAGUAUAAAUAGAGGAAAAUAAAAAGGAGCUUGAGAAUAAGCAAUAAAUUUUUAAAAGUUAAACUGAACUACAAUAAAAAGAAAUAAAGGAAAGCAAAGCAGAAAUUUAAAAAAAACAAGAAAUAAUUUAAGAACUUCAAAAUAAAGAAAAAUAGUUGUAAAGUUAAUUAUAAAUCAUGUAAAAUGACACAUCAAAAUCAGAUUAGUUGUAGUAAUUGCAUAAAUUGUUAGAAGAAAGGUAAAAUGAAAUUAGUCAAGUUUAAGAGAAUAAGAAAGACAUAGAACAAAGACUGGCUACUUUGACGAAAGAUUAUGAAACUAAGCAAGUUGAAUUCGACGAAACAAAGAAAUAGCUAAGCGAUAAAGAAUAAUAAAAUAAAUAAGAAAUUUAAAAGCUGAGUAUAAAGGUUAUAGGAUAUGAAAAAGAUCUUACUAAUUUAUAGUCUAAGUGCCAAAGUUACUACGAAGAGAACUAGUAAAAGACUUUAAAGCUAAAAGAAUAUGAAAAGAAAGUGCUUGAUUCUUAGAACAUUUCUUAGGAAAAAAUAUUGAAAAUGGAGGAGAUAUAAAAACAUUGUUAAUAACUUUAAAAGUAAUAUGAAGAAUAGGUGUAAAAUGAGUAAAAGAAAUUAUCUCAGUAAAAGGAGAAGUUUGAAGAACAAUAAUAAAUGCUAGAAAUAGAAAGAGACCAACUUAGAGAGUAAAUUAAAAAUUUCACUGUUCAGCAUGAGUAAUCGAUUCUUUAACUUAAUGAAAAAGAAGAGGAAGUUGACUAAUUUAAGCUUUUACUUAAGUAAUUAACUGAGGAGAAAGAAAGAGAAGCUGCAAAAAUUAAAACUCAAAUUUAGGGAAUGUAAAAUAAAAUUGAUCAAGGAAGAGAUGAAUUGAUAAAGAAAGAAAAUUUAAUCUAAGAUUUAAGGCAAGAAAUCUAUUCCAAAUAAUCUACUAUUGAUAGUUUGCAGACAACUAUUGGAGAGAAUUAAAAUGAAGCUGAAUAAAAAAAUUAAUUGAUUAUUAAUAGUUUAAAAUAAGAUUUGGAGAGAAAAUAAAAAGAAGUUCAGAUUCUAAAUACAUAAUUCGAAUAGUUCAAAUAAGAUUCUGAAGACUUAGAACAGUAAUUGUAAGAUAUGGUAAAGAGCAAAGAAGAUGAAAUUACUGAGCUGAAUGAAUAAAUUAACAAAUUAAACCAUUAGGCAAUCACAAGCUAGCAUAAAGAAAAUGAGCUAUAAAAAAUAUAAUAAGAAAAAGAUAGAAUUCAAGAUUAAUUGGAUCUAGCAAAUAAAAAAAUUCAAGAACUUAAAAAUAAUAUGUAAAUCAAUUCAAGCUAUUAUGACAGAAAUAUUUAAGAUGUUAAAGACUAGCAUCAAAAAGAAAUCUCGUCCUUAAAUAAUUAAAUUUCUGAAUUCCAGAAAAUGAUCAAGGAGCUAUAAGAUAAAAUUAACUCAAAUGAAGGUUAACAAAACCAAGAAAAUAAGUAAAAUUAAGAGUAAUUAGAUUUAGAAAUCGAAAAAAAUAUCCUCUUAGAAUGUUAAAUAGAAGAGUUGUAAAAUAAUAUCAAAAACCUAUAAAGGGAAAAAGAAGACUUGUAACUAUAGGUUUUAACUUAGAUUCAUUAAGAUAAAACAGAAGAGGUGAACAGGUUGCAAUAAGAAUUAGAAGAGGCAAAUAACAAAAUUGAGUAGUUUGACAACGAACUCUCUACUGUCCUCAUUUAAUCUUAGAAAUAGUUAUUAGAAAACUCAAAUCUUAAGGAUAAAGUGCAAUCGUUAGAGAAGAGAAUAGGAGAGCAAUCUAAAGAUUAUAAAAAUUAAAAUGACAGAGGUAAAAAGAUAUCUUCAGACAUAUAAGAAAAAUAGUCUGCAUAAAUAAGAGAAAAAGACUAAGAAAUUUUGAAGCUCAAAAAGCAAGUUCAUAGUUUAGAAGAUUAAGUUAAAAACUUAGAAUUCAAAAUAAAAAAAGAACAAACUAAUGGAUCUAAUUCACAUUAGAAAUAAAUUGAAGUAUAUCAGGCAAAUUAAAAGGAUUUAGAAUUAAAGGUUGAGUUUCUCAUUGAAGAAAAUAGAAAUUUGUAGCAAAAAUUAGAUGCUAUCACAGAAGAUUUAUUUGAACAGUUAAAGGACACUAGAUUUGCCAAUAUUCAACAGUUAAAAUAAGUUAUUGAGCUAGAAAUAGUAAAAAAAACAGGAUCUUUUGGUUUUAAACUUAAUUUUGCAAGUUUAUAUUGUAAAGUCCCUCGUCUUUUUACCUCUCCUUUCUUAGAAAUAAAAUAAAAUAAAUCAGUGCUAAUGUCAAGAAAUAGUAAAAAUGGAUUUGAAAAGUCUUUAGGACAAGAUAAAUUUUAGUUUGAUGAUAUUAUGCUUGAUUUAAAAAAUGUGGAACCCACUCUUAGCAAAAUAUAUUUAGAUGGAGAUGAUUACCAAUUUUUUGAUAGAAGCCACCUUAUCUUAAUUUAUGGAUAGAAAAAGACAAAUAAAAAAAUAUUGUUUUAUUAAAUUAUGGACAGGUUUUUGCUAAUCCUUUAAAAUUAUAUUUCAAAUUUCAUUGGUUAAAUCGAAAAUCUUUAGUUAGAUAUUUCGUACUCUGAAAGAUUCUUAUUACCUAGCUGUAUUGAGGGAAAUGUUUUGUUUGAAUUAAUAACUAAUAUUUCAAGUGAAUUCGAAGAUAUGAAAAAUCAUGGAUCAAUUAAAGAUAUUGAAUUAAUAAUUCAAAAAAUUAAGCUUCACCUUUUAAAUAAAAAAGAUACAAUUAAUAGAGGAUCUAAAUCAUAUCCUAAAGUGAGAGAAUUUUAUAUAAGAAUACUGCUGAAUGACCAAGAAAAGUAUUUUAGAUUACUUAGCUCAAGCAAAUUAAAGAAUUGUAACAUAGAAGAUAAUCUUAUUGAUAUUGUCAAAGAAAUAUGUGGAAUAAGUAAAAAAGUUAUUAAUGACCCAAUUGAAGAUCUUAAAAAUCCUUUAAAUAAUAUUAACAUUAUUUUUUCUCUCUCACCAUAAGUCUAAUUUUAUUCUUAAUGCAAAACAACUCUUUGCUUGCUAUAAAAAAUUCAAUAAAAAACUAACUUGGAUAAACAGAUAUCUAAAAAAGUAGUAUCAGAUUUUAACAGUGCUUCUCCUACAAAGUACAGUUCAAAUGGUCAGAAUGGAUUUUCUCCUGUGAUGCAAAGAUCAACUCCACCUAAUUCAAAUACCUUCAAAAAAUAAUUAAGUAUUGUUCCACAAAUUAAAAAAUUUGAUGACAGUAAAUUGGCUUUUAAACAUGAAGAACUCAAAAAAUUUAAUGAACUCUUAGUCAGAGAAAAUCAAGAUUUAAAAUAGAAAAAAUAUGAAUAAACAAAGGUAAUUGAAAUGCUAAUGAAUAACCUAAAAGAAAUCAGGUAAUAAAUGUCAAUCAACUAGAACACUAAAAGAAAAAAAUACUUGAAGAGAACACCAACACUUCUUACAUUUGAGAAAACUAGCAGAAUUAUAAAUAAUACUUUAAAUAAAGCCCACAUUAUUUCCCCAUCUGGUCAGCCUACAAGAUAGUUUUUAGAAUCUCAAGGAGAUAUUGGAAGAACUAUAGAGAAUCAUUUUGAAUAAGAAGCUGAAGAUAACGAAUAGUUUGAGGAUUACAAUGAAGAAGACUAAGACUAAAAUCACGAAGACAAUAUUUAAAAUGAUUAAAACAAUUAGAGUCAUUACUCAAACAGAUUAAACCAUAGUAUAAAUAAAUUAAACUUAACUAAUACAUCAGGGAUCAGAUUCCGUCAAGAUACAAACCCUGAUGAUUUUAUUUGA